GUGUUUUAGCGCGAACUUCUUACUGUUGGUCCUCUGACUCGCACGUGAAUGCUCGUUUUUGUUGAAGAAUAAUUCUUAUAAGGACGCACUGUGACAAACAGCAUUUCCUUGUGUGAAACAAUUCACCAUCAGACGCAGUUUAAAGAUAUAAAUUAAAAUGCUUCUCAACGCGUUUCAUCUGCACUUCCUAUUUAUGAGCGGUUUGUUUGGUGCAGCGACAGAUAACAUUAAGACACUGUCAGUGAUGGUGGGAGGGUCGGUCACCCUACACACAGAUAUCGAAGCAAUUGAAAGAAAUGAUCACAUAUCGUGGUUGUUUGGAUCUGACAGUCCAGGCACUCGUAUAGCUGAAAUAAUUAAAUGGUCAUAUAUGUUUUCGAUAUAUGUGUGUCAUAAGGAGCUAUUCGGAGACCAGCUGCAACUGAACCAUCACACUGGAUCUCUGACCAUUAAGAACAUAAGUACAGAACACUCCGGACUUUAUAAAUUAACCAUCAUCAACAAGAGAAAGACUUCGUACAGGAGAUUCUGUAUUAAAGUCUAUGCCCCUCUUGCUGUUCCAGUCAUUACCAAUGACUCUACACACAACUCUAGAGCAUCAGAGAGAUCUUCAGGUUCAGAAUGUGUUUUGCUGUGUUCCGUGAGAAAUAUAUCAUGGGGGACUCUUUCCUUUUACAAAGGAAAUGAUUUACUGUCCAACAUCAGUGGCUCCGAUCCCAGCACCAUUCUCUCGCUGUCACUGGAAGUGGAGCAUUAUGAUAAAAACCUUUACAGCUGUGUCGUAAAUAAUUUCAUCACCAACCAGACUACACAAAUCAACAUUACAGAUCUCUGUCAGCCGCAUUCAGAAAUCUCUUUGCUGUACUGUUUGGUGCUUCUAUUGUUGAUUCCUUUAGCUGUCGCAGGGACAGUUUGGAUAUUGUGCGCCCACAGAAAACACAGAAAAGCAGAGCAACAGGCUGAUGAAAAUUGCUAAAGCUUCAUAGAACAAAACAGACAAUGACAUAACUUGCACACAGGAUUUUAAUUGCAGUGUCUUUGUUUGUGUCACAAUCACUCAGAAUGUCCAUCCAGACAUUAUAGUGGUGUAAUGUAGGAUGCUUUUUUUAAACCGUCAUGUUUUGCUUAACCUGUGUGUUGUUUAUAGACCUAAACCAAUGUGAUUUGUAAUCCUUUGUGUUGAUCAUGGAUGUUCCAACACUCUAUUUUAAUUAAUAUUUAAACACAGAUUGCCACGUUGAGGUCAACUGUUUUUAUUUAUACAUGCAUUGCUUUUAUUAUGAUUCU